AUGCUUGAGAACGCCUUUAAUUUACUGUUUCAUUUCUGGUUCGGUCUUAAGUCGAACGAUAAUCGCGAUUCUCAAAUCGAUUCUAAAUAUCGAAAUCGAUUCCAAUCCCUACCUACUCUAGGACGGUUGCCGAUUGACAAGAAAAAAUGA